CGCAUAUCUUGGCGGUUCUUUCGUUUGCUCGUUGUUUCGUGGUAUUGUAGUUCCAUUACUUGACUUGUGUGCUUCCACGAAGGUAAGAAAAACUUCAUUCGGACAUAUGAAACUGCAGUAGAUUGGCAUAUAUCGCUACUAAUUGUUGGAAACUCGCAAAAGUUGCUUGAUUCAGGGGUGUAGCCAGCCCAUUAUAAACCUGUAGGACGUGGUGUACUAGUUUUGGUUUGAUCACUCUACCACUUGUAAUAAGCCUAUUAUGCGUUGUUCGGGUGAGCUAAAACGCUUAAGACCUUCAAGUGUUGCUGAGGUUAAUGCGUACUUGUCGUGCGUGCAAUUUUCAGGUGAUGUGAAAAGAAAAGGCAACCAGAACAACCAGUCGAAAAGCUGGGUACGCCCCUGCGAUACAUGAAAUACAAAUAUCCCUCCAAAUUCGAGAUUUCCUAUUUUAAGAAAAAAUUAAAACAAAUCAUAGAAUAAGGCUUUGUUCUCGUAAAUUCAAACUGCCUGUUUAAAUUACAAAAAAAGAGUCGUUAUCCUAUGAUUUGUUUUAAACUUUCGCGUAAAAUAAGAAAACUUUUUCUUAAAUUAAGAGAUUCGGGGGAAUCGUGAAUUUAGAGUGAUAGGACAGGGUGAGGUGAUAAGCCAGAAAAAGGAAAAGAGUUUCAUUUGAGUGGUCAAGAGGCCAUAUAAACUUAUUCUGUAAUGCAGACAGGUCUUUGAAGCAAGCUUUGACAGUCAAAUCUUGUGUUCACAUGGUAUUGGACAAAUUUUUUGACCUGCUGAAAAAUUUGACAGGACACUUCGUUCCCAUGGGAUUGUUCAAUAUUUUUGGUCUGUUCACACCAAACUUUGAAUGGUUUGGCAUCUAUAUUUUUGUAAGGUUAAGGUGGUUCUGUGUGAACAGAACACCCAAAUACCCAAAUUUUUAACUGGUUGAAAAUAUUCAUCCAGUGCCGCAGUGCUCUCGCUAGAUUUUAGCUUUUCAGUUAAGGGACCAUUCUUGACUGGUAAGGCCAAAAUAUACGCCAGAGGUGCACUCUCUUGGUGGGGAGGGGGCAUUCAACAGAAGUAAACACCUGAAAACAAAGAAAUAUUUUACGAAUGAAGGCUGCCUUUGCCCCUAGGGUCAAUUUAGUAAGACAAGUUGCAGAAGUUGCGAAUUAUCCCUGCUGGUUGAUAAAGUCUAGAAUUGGGACAGAAGCCCACAAAAGUAUUGUUACCCUGCAGUACUUCGAAAGGUACCAGUAAUCAGAGAGAAUAGCUGUGUAUAUUUUUUGUUUUACCCUAUUUACUUCCUUUUCUUGUGAGGAUCGGCUUGGAUCACAACUUGCGUGUUUUAAAACAACUUAUUUAAUUUUAGUAACUUUUAAGCAGCUGCACAGAGUAACUAAGAAGUGUUGCUUCAAGCGGUAAAUUUUACCAGUUACUGCCUGAUAAGGAGAACACUGGUGCCAUGUGAACUCAGCCUUUGGCUGCUUCAUAGUUUUAUCUUGCUGCUUAACCCUUUAAACCCCAAGAUCAAAAUUAACAUUCUCCUUUGUCGUCUCUAUUCAUUUACUAUAGAAGUAGUGGGGAGAAGUUGAUAAAAAUAAUCAAGCACUUUCAUCUUAUGGGAUUGUGUCCGUUAUGCUCAUGACCACUCUGUUUUACAAAGCAUUGAUUUUACAAGGAGAAAUUUGAUGCUGCUCACUCUUAGGGCUUAAAGGGUUAAGGGAAGUGUGAUGGGAAGAUGGGGAGAUGGCGAGGGGUGCUGAGAAACGAUAGGAUCCCUGUUCUAGUCAUGGCAAAGAUUUUCACAUUUUUUUAAAUUAGUGGAAUACUGGCUAUUUUGGAUUAGUUGAAGAAAACUUAGUAUUUUUAAAAUUACAAUCCCAGGCAUAAAGCGUUUUCUCAUGAUGUCACCGUGGCCAUAUUGGUGUUCCAAAACAAUAAAACAGCAACCAUGUUGGUGUUCCCAACAAACCCAGUGGACGUUGAACUCUUUUCUUAUGUAAACGCUUUCUUUUGGUCCAAUAAAUUUGCAUAGAUGCUGGCCCUGUGGGUAAAAAUGCUUUAUUACUUCAAACUUGGCUAGGUAGACCUGGUGUUUACAAGUGUGAAUGUACAUCAGUUUUACUCAGGUUCUUAGAAUCAUUCUUAGAUCUGGUAUAAACCUGUUAGUUUCAAAAAUUUAUUUCUCAAAUAAAAAAAAAUUACGAAAGUCUAACAAGUGAGGCAUGAGCUUUCAGAAAAUUGAUUUUCUGAGGUGUCAAUUGUAACGCCUAAGGUGUGAUUUCUGAUUAAUAUCACAGGCUCAAAAAAUCAAGAAUUGCAUACUACUGGCCUUCCCUCAGUAACUAGGAAUGAAAAAUGGAUUGGAAUUGACUUAUACUGAGAUUGUCAAUUUACCUUUAAAUUCCCAGCAUUGUUCAUCAAUUUUUCCUUGAGAUAUAGAGGUGGAAUUUUUUUGUAAUGCCCUGUAACUCCAGGCAGUCACCAAAAAAAUUCCAAAAUGUGCCCUUGUUGCUUGGACCUUGUGUUUUUUCGGGGCUUGGGAUUUAACCAAGAUACUUGGUAUUGUUACACUGCUGUGAUGCCAGUGGCAAUUGAUAAACAUCUGUUAACCCUUUAAGUCCCAAUAUCCACAUACAAAUUCUCCAAACUGAUCUCCAUACAUUUCCUUAAAAAAUGAGUUAAGAGAAUUUGGUAAAAGAUCAAGGUAUUUUCUCUUUGGUGAUCAUUUUAUUAAUUCUCAUAACCUAAUCUCUUAACAAUCUAUCGAUAGUGUUAGGAGAAUAUUGAUGUUGGACACCAUUGGGACUUAAAGGGUUAAGGCAGUGGCCACACUGCCUGUGGAGGCAGACUGUCUGAGUGCCUUUAAAAAAUAAUAGUAAUAAAUUUUAAUAAAUUCUCUUUCUAUUUAAGAUCCAAACAUUGUGGUGUGCUAUUUGACCAUUGGUUAUGACAUCUGAAAAUGCAAGCUCUUCCACUCUGGUGGCAAAUUCGUACAAAGAGGUAGAAAUAUCUUUAAAUAUUCAGGAACGCAAUGAGGGUGAGAAUCAGUCUAACCAAUUGCAGCCCAACAGUACAUCACAAGCAAAGGUCAAGCCUUAUAAAUGUGACGAGUGUGACAAGUCUUAUAUGCACUAUACAUUUCUUGAUCGGCAUAGACUGCUACAUUCUGAAAAGAAGUUCCAAUAUGAAUGUAACAACUGUGGCAAGUGUUUUAUUAGCUCAGCAAAACUAGGGCGACAUUUGGCAAAACAUGAACAGAGUGAUCAGUCUUUUCAGUGUGACCAGUGUGAUAAAAGUUUUUCCCAGGCGGGAAAACUUGAGAAACAUAAACGUAGGCAUAGAGGAGAGAAACCCUUUGAAUGCAGCCAGUGUAACAAGCGCUUUUAUGAGAAAGGAACUCUCACUAAACACACAAAAGAGGUUCAUAGUGGAGAAAAACCUUAUGCUUGCACCUUUUGUGACAAGUCUUUUAGCCGACCGGAGGUCCUGAAAGUUCACAGGAGAACACACACUGGCGAAAAACCCUUUUCCUGCAGCCAUUGCGACAGAUCGUUUAUUCAGUCAUGUGACCUCAAAAGACAUGAAGUAAAACAUACAGGAGUAAAAGCUUUUAGCUGCGGGCAGUGUGGCAAGAAUUUUGCACGGUUAUCGUAUCUUCAAAGGCACAACAGAACACAUACUGGAGAGAAGCCUUAUAAAUGUGAUGUCUGUGGCAAGUGUUAUAGACAGAGAAAGGGAGUCCUAGCCCACAAAAAAAGAAAUCACUUUCAAGUAAUAGAGUAGUUAUCAUCAGUUACCUUUGAGCUUAAUUUUUGAUAAAAUCAAUGUAUAUCAAUAAUGGGAGUGCAGGGAGUAAAAGAUCCAGGGGCACCCAACGUCAAUUUGUGGAAAAUAUCUGUUUGAAAGACAAUUUGAGAUCUAGAAUUUUCGGAACUUGUGUUGAAAAAUUUCUUGCUUGCCUGCCUCUCCUAAGAUUUUCGAACAUUUAAAAAAUGGUAUAAUUGCCCAAUUUUAACAGAUAUUUACCCUAAAAGGCACCCUAGAAUUUUCUGGACCCUUUUUUCUGGCUGAAAUUUUCGAAAAGGUAUAUUUUUUCCCUAUAAUUUUCAGAUCACUAGACUUUCAGCCAGGAAAUCUGAACAGAUAAAAAAUUUUUAGGGGAUAAAAAUAUGCCUGUAUCUACCGUUUAAAUACUAAAAUACGUUCAACAAUGCCAUGUUUAAGUGGUUUUGAACUGUAUUCUCGUUGGUUGCCCCUGAAGAUCAAGUGCAUAAAGGUUAUUUGCAUGUAAUAUUACAGACAAUAUUAUUUUGGUACAAACAAGUCCAGUAUUGAAAGUGGAAAUAAUCCUCUCAGUUGAAUAAACAACCUAAGCGGUUGAAAAAGAACCUGCAAAAACCUGGGCUUUUCCAAGAAUCGAAUCCUGACCUUUGAGAGACCAGUCACAAUGCUCUACCCAUUAAGCUUAUGAAGCCAGCUAGAGACCAGGCCUUCCUGCAACUGGUGUUGCAAAGAUCAGGGCUCAAGUUCCAGUCAAACCUGAGUUUUUUUAGUUUUUUUUUGUCAACUGCGAGGAUCAUUUCAUCUUUCAUUAUUUUUUAUGCGCAGUUCAAAAUAUGAGUAACUUCAUAGAAUUCCAUUCAAGUCCAGAAUUAUCUGAAAAAAGAAAUCAAUAUCCCACCCACUUAAACCCUAAGUACCAAUAACAGUGAUUAUCAGAAAAUCAAGUCCAUACCAUACGGGCUUAAUAAUGUUACUUUAUGGAACAGCAGGUAUAAUUUACCAAAAAUUAUCUUGGGCGUUACUUUCUGUGCACCCCAAAUAAACUUGAGAAGGGAAUGAACUUAAAGCUUUUGCAAUGUCUCAGUUUUAAAUGUAGGUUUGUUUUGUUCUAAAACUGUCCCAGAAAAUAGUUAACAAAUUUUUGUGUUGCAAUGCGAUGUAAGAGUUUCAGUUUAAGGGAAAAGGAAAUGAUGAUUAUUAUACAAACCGUAUUUCCCUGUUUAUUUAAUAUUUUACACUGUAUGCUAUUAUAUGUGUUAUCCCAGUGUUGAUUUCAAGUUUUGACUUAGAGGAUCCUAGUGUUUGAAACUCCAGUCUAAUUUCGAGUGCAUUAUGAUUUAUCUGUAAAGAAGAAGGGGUUAAUAAUAUUUGUUACCACGGUCACCAACCUUGUCCUUGGUUUUUCAACAGUAAACUACAAAAAGGGUAAAUAUAUCCGGCCACAAAUUGAGGUGUUCACGUACAACUUCCCUUUUACAGACUAUAAUACCCCGUGCUUGUUGCAGAAAAAUUGCACUUGUAGUUUUUUUGUCACAUUCGAUAAAUUUAAAAAAAUUUCUUUUGUUAAGAAUUUUUGUUUGCGUUCUUUUCUGACGAAACCUGGGUCUUCGACUCUCAGUGAAAGGAUUAUUUAAGACUAGGGUGGGGUCUUUUGAGGUGCAUGACUUGGGUAACCCUUGCCGUUCCACACUUUAGUGUUAUUGGGAAGAAAGUGUUCGCAAUGUCACCCUUAGUACAGUGUAUUUAUAUACUUGCGCUGGUUGAUUUAAGUUGAAAGGACGGCAUUGUCUUUCACUGAUUCUUAUAACGCUGGAAUUUUCGCCAGUUUAGGUAAAGAAUACAGGAAACUCAGGAGACUGAGAGAGAGUUCGUUUUCUUUAUGUCGCUUCCUUGUAUGGGGUUUGGCUCAAUUCUGGACUUGAUAACUUCUGCAUCAUUAUGUGGUGGUUGUCUAGUGGGUUUAAUGAAUGAAAGAUUUGAUGAAUUAAACGGUUUUUAGUCUAAAAAAAAUUAUGCUUUUUCUAUAUCCAUUACUGAAAAAAAAGGUUUCCUUUAUGAACCUGACAUUCUUGGAAAGAAACGAGCAACAUGAGUUUCACUCUUUCUCCCAUGGAAAACGCUCUGCAUUCCUUUCAAUAUUUAUUAUGUAUCGUUCUUUAUAACAACUAAAUCCAUUUGAUCGUGCAUAGAGACCCUCUCACUACCCCUCCUUACGAAUGAAACCAGCGGCUCCUGUGCUUCGGCUUUCUUUCCCGACUUUCGUAUCUAAGAAAGUAGCGCUACGCAGGCCCUGAUCAUAUCAACACCAGCGCUAGACUUUUUAAAAGUCCUUUUUAUUUUUUUUCCUGGUUAGUUAUGCCCUUCGUCGCUCGCUCGCCGCUCAGUCGCUGUGCGACCUCAUGAAUGACAUGCAUUGAAGCUUGCUAGCUUCUCUCACUUUUAGAACUUGUGAAAGGUCGACUUGUAGCAAGUGUACUCCAGCGCUUGAAUUAAAUCGUCACUCUUUUGCGACUGUGCGAUCCAUACCAUUUCUUUUAUCUAUCUAUCUGUCUAUCUAUCUAUCUAUCUAUCUAUCUAUCUAUCUAUCUAUCUAUCUAUCUAUCUAUCUAUCUAUCUAUCAAUAAAUCCCAGACCCCACUCAGAUAUCUAGGCGGUGUUAAGACUGCUAUAAAGAGGCUGGGAACAAUCGAAUGUUGCCUGAAUGGAACUGCGCACGCUCAAGCGCAUGUUCAAGAUGGUUUUCGAUGACACAAACUGGACGUGAUCAAUACUGCACGGAAUUACUUCGUGAAAGGAAAUCUUAAUUUGGUUAGAAAAGGCGACCGUUUGAAUUUCAAGAUAAUGUUUCGAAGUGGCUUUCGUGAAUUUGAGGACGAUCCAUUCUUCAGGUUAGCAAAACGUCGUUAGAAUAUUGGAGUGUAAUGGAGAGACUUGUUUAUAUACUCGUUGCUGCGUAUUGAAUUGAAAGGCUAAAAUUUGUACAGUAUAACUGUGUAUUUCUUGUUUACUUGAUAUUUGUAAGUUUUAAGCCAUUAUGUUCAUGUGGCUCGAAGCACAUAGUACGUCUUGUUGUUCUUAAAGCCACUGACGAUAGAAAAGCGAUUAAAAAGGAAUUGCAUAUUUAUCCGCGUAUCCAGCUGGAUACAGCUUGGAAGUGACAAGGGUAUUCUGCAGUUUCUUCCUUCGUGUUUGUUUAGUAACAGUGCUCACAUUCUUGUUUAAGUGAUAACGAUAUGUAUAAUGCAUGUUUUUGCCACUGAAGAAGUUAUAGGCUUAUUUCUAGUAAGCUUAUUAGCCAAACGCCCUCAGUUAUAAAAAUGAAAGUUUUGGGCGUUUAACUCACAGUACAGCUCAGAGGUAAGCAACUAUAUUAAUGCACUUCAAUUGCAUUCGACAAAAGUCUGUAAAGGCAGGUGCAUUAAUCUAAUUUGCUUCAAGAACGGGUUUGCAGCAGAGCUGUCAUUAAGGGCCACAACCUGUAAAACCUGUUACAGCUGAGCUCACUUGAUGUUACGGAGGAUCAAAGUGGAAAGCGAAAGAUAACACUAUAAAUUUUUUUGAGAUGUUGCGAGUGAAUCUUCAUUUGCUACUGCUGCCUUAAAACCUAUUGACAACCCUGGAUUAGAAUAUAUGAGCUAGUGUGGAUUAGUAUGCAUCAAAUAUGUGUGAGAGCUAAAAUUGUGUUUUUCAAACCACGUGGCAUUAAAUUCUGCCAAGUUUGGCUUUUCAGACCACUGCUAAUGUGGUCAUUUCAGUUACAUGUAUGAAAAAAAAAGUGCUUUUUUUGAGUGUCAAUGUAUUUAGCACAAAAGCGCUAAUUGGGCCGCCAUUUUACGUGGUCAUCCAAGCCACGUGAAGGUCUAGCCAUUUGCAGGGCAAAGGCAUUACCUCCAUUUCUCAGUCAUUUUAAGACCCUGAGUGUUGGUCCAGUCCCAGGAAUUGAACCUGCGACCUCACACUCUCCAGUCAAGCGCUCUACCGACUGAGCUACAGUGUAAUCCUGCCACUAGUGUGGUUAGACUCAAUUACCAGCCUCUGUUUGAGAAAUGAGGCUACGUUCCUUCCCCAUCAAGACAGCUGGAUGUGUGGGUUUGCUAUUGGCAAUUUCCACCAACUAUAUUGUUGCCUGCCCAAAUUGAGCAGGCAGCAUGAAUUCUUUUUUCUGGAGCAUAUUUCAAACGGCAAAUGCAAACAAUCAUUAUGGUUGAUGUGGAGUGUAUGGCUGUCAUUAGGGGCCGUAGCCGUAACACCUGUUACAGCUGAGUUCAGUCGUUGUUACGGCUGAUGGUUGCUGCAUAAAAUUAUUUAAUAAGUAUGUUCAUGGACUAGGACAAAUUGAAAUUUUAUUAAUGAACAAUACCUUCUAAACUAAAUAUGAUUGUUGCCUUAUGCUUUCUGUUUCCUUGAUUCCAAGACGUGUUUUUACAAACCAGACCUUCUCCCUUCAAAACCUUACAUUUUACCGGUUCACUGAGCUCUCUUCAAUUUUUGCGUGUGCUAAUCUGUAAAUCGGCAAAUGAAUUGUGUAGGGCAUGCUCAUGUAUCUUGUUUUGUCAGGGAUCAUCAGCAGAGGAUGGCUGUUUUCAAUGGAUUUGGAGAUCCUUUUUCGAGCUUUGGUUUCCCUUCAACACGCCCUGCCAUUGACAAUGGAGAUCGACGUGAUAGAUCUCUUCGUAACAAUCAACAGCUAGCUCCCCAUGACAUGUUCGGCAGCAUGUUUGGCAGCAUGUUCGCAAACAUGAACUCAAUGAUGGCAAAUAUGCACCAGAACUUUGUAAGUGGAGCUUAUACAGAGAAGCUAACGGUAACCAUUUGCUCUAACACUGGGGCUGUACAUAAGAAAGCUUGCUUUCAUUAUUGACAGAUGCUUGAAAAAGGCCCUUAGUGAUUGCUGAACUUAUAUACAGUGUAAAUUUCUUCCCUUUGUUCCUUGGUUCCUAUAAGACAACUUGAAAUGAGAAUCUAGCAGUUUAUUUGAAGUAAAUUUGCAGGGUUGUCACUAAGAUUUCAAGUUGCCGGGUAAAUACAACAAGUAGGCAGUGAAUCAAAUGGCUAGGGAUUUCUUUUGGUUCUAUUUUUCUUCUUUUUUCCAAUAAAAGUAGCCGGGGGCUACUCUCUUAGUAGCCGGGGAAAAUCCCCGGCCCCCGGCUCUUAAUGACAACCCUGAAUUUGGGCUCUAUUCCGGGCACCUCUUACAAUUUAUAUUGCUUUUUUUAAAUUCAGUUACAGUUAACAACAAUUAUACUUAAUAAUAAUUAUGGUAAAAAUGUUUCAUAUUUGUUCAUUUUGCUCCGUAUUAGAUACAUUAAAUUUCUAGAGUUUCUCCUUUGCCCGCAGUUGAAAACCCAUAUUUUUCGUGUUGAUUUAUUGUUCAUUUUUGUACUGUGUGUUGUUGUUCAUUCAGGAGCGAAUGGCAAAUGAUCCCAACACAUAUAGCUAUUCAUCUUCAACUGUUAUGAGUUACUCUAAUGAUGGCAGAGGGGAACCCAAGUACUUCCAAGCAUCCAAAUCAACCAAGCGUGCUCCAGGCGGAGUAAGUUCCUGUAUAUGUUUUUGAAAUUUCUCUUCUCUCAGCUACAUGUAUAUGUUGUGGUUCAAUUUUAUCCUUGGUUCAAAUUUUCUUUUCUUUUGUUUUUGGGUAUGGUAAUGUAUGAUAAUAACAUGAUAAUGAGUUUGAAACAAAAGAAAAGAAAAUUUGAACCAAGGAUAAAAUUGAACCACAACGUAUACCUUUACAGUGAUGUGCAUGCUGUAGUGGUUUGAUUAUUUUGAUUGACACAUAGCAAUCUGACACCUUUCAACAUCAAAUCAGUUCUGUUAAUUGCCACAGAAUGAAUGAACUGUAGGCUUUUCGUUCAACACGUAUCCUCCUUUUUCAUGUUGUACUGGGUUCUUACAGAGUUGUGAAUUCUUGAAAAAUUCUGAAAUUUGCCUGGCAAUUUUUCAGAUGUAAAAAAGUAUAGAAAUUACAGAUGAAGUCUGGAAAAUGGUAAAAAGUCUUGAGGUUUUUUUUUUUCAAAGCUAUGACAAGUGCUUUAUAAGUGAAAUUUUCUUUUUAAUUUGGUCAAUUCUAAUUCAAUCUCAACCGUACGUUUGCAGUGCAUUGUAAAAAAAGGUUUGUUCCUGCAGUUUUUAAGGUCCUUAUUGAUCACCUAUUUGAUGACCUCGAGUGUGGAAAACAAACUUAUUGUUUUGGAAAAAGUCUGGAAAAGUCUUGAAUUUUGGAUCCAAAAAUCUGUACGAAUACUGAGCAUAGCCCCACCAUUUAAUAUACCAGUUAUGAGGUAUCAGUCUUGUUGCUUAUCUUGUGAGAUGAGCUUUGUUCCCAAGAAUGUUUGAAGGAGCAAUUUUAAAACUAUUGUUCAUCUAUGUUCAAGAGUAUCUCUAUUUAAAAAGUUUACAGUAAACAGGCACAUGCAUAAAACACGUUAUUUAUUUUUCUUGUUGUCGUUUAGGUGAAAGAAACCCAGCAUGCCGUGAGAGACUCAGAAUCUGGGCUUCAUCGGAUGGCUAUUGGUCAUCACCUUGGUAAGUUCACUUAUGAAUUGAAGAUUUUAAGUACUCUGUUGGAAUAGCGCUUGAAUAGAUCUGUCAUGUUGAUGAUCUGUCAUGUUGUUGGAGGAGAAGUUUUCAAACUCUUUCUUAUGCAGGGGUGGGAGGUAUGGUGACAAUUUAAAUUGAUGAUUAUUAAAUGUUUUCAUUUCUGUAUCCUUCACAGGUGAUCGUUCACACGUGAUUGAGCAGUCAAUGAAUAGAAGAACUGGUGAGGAGGAAAGAAAGCAGGAUUUUAUCAACCUGGAUGAAAGUGAGUGUUUUGAUGUUGUUCUUUAUGAUACUUCAUACAAAUUUGUAAACUUAAUGUUUCUUUUUUUAGGCCCCAUGAGUAUGGCAGGGGCGAGCGGGAGGGCGGGGUUUGGGGUACUAUUAGAGGUACGCCAGGCAGCAAAUGUUGUGCUUUUUUUACCCCAUUUUGUCCAAUUUUAGCCCUUUGAGUGUGACAAAGGUUCAGUUUUGAGCUACCAGGCUCUGGAACUGUGUAUUAUCAUUUGACUCUUGGGAACUAGCAUUUUCAGGGCUGAAAUCACGGUCUUUUGGCGACCAGCUGCAGAAAUAUAGUUGCCAGAUGCAAAUUUUUAGUUGCCAGUUUGUGUAAUCAAAAGAAUAUGUGGGAUUAGGUGAAAGUUUCUAAAAUCAUCAAUUGAUUAUCUGGUUGCACGGGACACAUUCACCCAAGUAAGUAGCAAAAUAGUAGAUAUGGGGAUGUUGUAUCACCUAGUGAAGUUUUUUGGAAUUCAGUUACAGAAAAACUGUAAUCAAUUCUGAUCGUCAAAACUUUUUGGGGGGGCCUGUUGAAAUGAUUCUUGGACUAGCACACAUAUGUGAUAGCUACAGCCUGCCCAAAGGACAAACCUUUUUAAAAGCUGACUUUCUUUGCACCCUGAUACAUGUAUGACAUUUGAAUCAUCAUUGAAUGUAUACCCCUGACUUAUAACAGACGAUGCUGCUGCUUUUGACCGAGAGUGGAGACAGCGAACAAAACAGUCAUCACAAGGGCUAAGAGAUAGGCAUCGCCCCCAUGUCAGAGCUCUUGGAGAUACAGGUACUUUCUUGGAAUUUGUCUGUACAGGGCUGACCUCGAUUUAACGAACAUCGAUAUAACGAAGUCCUUGAUAUAACAAACUAUUUUCUUUACCUCAAUACUGUAAAAGUAAAAAAUAUGAAAAAGAACCUCGAUGUAACGAAACCUCGUUACAGCGAACAAAUUUUGUCAGUCCCUUGGCCCUUCGUUAAAUCGAAGUUAAUACAGGUUUGACAAACCUAAGGGUUGUUCAAGAAAAAUAAGAUGGUGAAAGAGCAAAAUAUCUAUCCCACAACCUAAUGACCUAAAAGUGUUUGCACAGUUUGAGUUACCUCUGCUUGUGCCCAAAGAAAGGAAGUAAAAGCCUAAUCUCGUACCCAGAUCUCUUGUCAACAAAGCCAAGAGAACUGGGUAGGAGAUUAGUAAAAGAGAGGGUUGUCCAAUAGUCGGACAAAUUUAUGCAUGGCAUUGUAUUGUAUAGUGUUCACAUUACAAUACUGAUCAAAAGCAUAACAAUAAAGAACGAAGCAAAACAAUGAGAAAUUUAACAAAGUCAUGCACAAAUUUGUUGAGCAUUGGACAAGUAUGUUAAAAAAAGUGCUAAACGCCAAUAUACAGUGUAUCUGUUGCACUUGGUUUGUACAUCUUGUCAGAGUGACCAUUUAAUAAAAGUGAAGACAAUAAAAAAUUGAGUCGUUGGGACCUCGGAAAAGGUUACUGCGACCGCUUAACAGAGUUGACGGCUUAGUACAGGUGCCCGCUUAGUACAGGUCUGCAGGGAUCACACAGUCUUGAAAAGUCCUUGAAUUUUAGGGGAAGUCCUUGAAAAGUCCUUGAAUUCCGUUUUUCCUCGAGAAAGUCUUUAAAUUUCUCUGCAAGUCCUAGAAAAGUCCUUGAAUUUUCUUCAACUUUGAAUGUAGUGGCCUGGAAAGUGUUUUUUGAUGCUUUUUGGUUGUCUAAGACAGAAUAUAAAUCAUAGCUCAGAGAAUUUAAAGGUUAUUUAUAUAAAGUGCUCUAUGUUUUAUGCAAUAAUUAACUAUUAGUUUGAGACAAGUGAACUGAAGAAUGUAGGGAAGUUGGUGAAGCAAACAGUUAUUAGAAUAGACUGGGAAUGUGCAUUUUUGUACAAUCUGUGAAAUUAUAUUCCUUGAAGAUGGUCCUUGAAGAUCUAAUGUGAUCCUUGAAAAGUCCUUGAAAAAUGGUUGCAUUUUUUUGUAUGAACCCCGGUCUGUUUUACAGUAAUUAAGGGAAAUGAUUUCCUUAACUUUGUUAUGUGACCGCUUAUUAGAGGGUAAUUUACUGUAGUCUGGUGCUGAGUUUUUUUCGUUAACAUUGCUACAGAUCACAGAACCGGACACGCCCAUCAUGUCCGCCAUGCUGGAGUCGCACCUGCUGAGGAAGAGAGAAGUGUUCGACACAACAGAGUCGAACGGGAAAGGGACUGGGGCCAAGAGGACCAUGCUGGGGUCGCUGAGAGGAGCCAGAGAAAUAAAUCUAAACGUGAUAAGCACGUGAGACUGAACAGCCGGCCCGUGAACCGACACGAACCACGUUCCGACAAGCUGUAG